AUGCUGCUCGAACUUAGUUGGAGGAAGACUAGAAAAACGGGGUCAGAACACGUUGGAUCAAAGAUUUUCCUAAUGGUGCUGACUGCACAACCAGAUAUUAAGGCCAUAUUUGGUAUGGAGAAAAUACCACAGGGAAGAUUGAAGUAUGAUCCACGAUUCCGACAACAUGCCACAGUAUUUACAAAGACAUUCGACUACGUCAUCAAAAACAUUGACUUUCCCGAGAAGUUGGAAACGCAUUUUGAGAAUCUUGGCCGACGGCAUGUGGUCAUGCAAGGUCGUGGAUUUGAUCCUCUAUAUUGGGAGACAUUUGCUGAAUGUAUGACUCAGGCUGCAGUAGAAUGGGAGGCAAAUCGUCAGCGACCAACUUUGGGAGCAUGGCGAACUCUGGUAAGUAAAACUUUACUGAUUUUGGCAUAUUCCUGCUAG